GAGCGAUCACGUGCGCCUUGCGACGCGCGGCGCGACUGUACAUGACCUAUUCCCCGAGUCCUCACAGCGCCCGCCACUCCGAGUCGAUGCAUGGUUCGCAUACAAUCGCCCUCUAGAGAGGAUCGCGAGUCCUGUGGGCCUAUGUACAUGCUGGUUGUGCUUCUAUGUACUGGAACGAGGGUGAGUACCGGCGAGCAAUACGAGCACGACACGGGGGUAGGUAGGUAUGUAGAUGCGAAUAGAUGGUACAGUAUGCAGUUAACAGAUAUUACAGUGUUCAUGCACGUGGACAGACCGUUCGAUGAACAAAUGUAGGAUAUGCGCGAAAGUCCGAUGAGCAAUGCUGUAGCCUGGGC